GCUGGGAGGCCGGGAAGGGAAGAGACCUCUAACAGACGGCUCUGACCGCCAAGUGGAUCAUUGGGUUGAUGAGUCAUCUCCAACCAUUCCAUGAGGUGACCUAAAACGACUUCAAUCUCGGCAUCAAGAGCCUAACAGCAUCAUGUCACAACUGAUCCCGAGAGCCGUGUUUGCGAUGCUGGCUGUGCUGCCAAUACUCGUCAUCUCACACCAGAAGAAAGGCAACGAGCCGACCGUCAUGAUCGUGCUGCCGGUGCGCAACAAGGAGGCCUACCUGCCGUACACUCUGUCGCAGCUCAGCCUGCUCGACUACCCCAAGGAGCGGCUGUCGCUGUGGGUGGCCAGUGACCACAACCAGGACCGGUCGGCCGAGAUCCUGCUGACCUGGCUGGAGCGGUACGGCCCUCUCUACUCGUCUGUGAAGGCGGCCGUCAACACUAGCUCCCCGCCACUGCGGCCGGACGAACGCAGCGCAGUGCACAUGUCGCCCGGUCGACUCCGCGCCGUGGCUGAUAUGAAGCAAGAGGCGCUGCAGACGGCGCGCCAGCUCAGCAUAGACCUGAUCUGGUUCUUGGAUGCCGAUGUCGUCCUACACGACAGCACCGUCCUCCGCCAGCUGCUCAACACGCAGAAGCCACUGGUGGCACCAAUGCUGCGUUCUGUAGGAAAACACUCGAACUUUUGUGAGGACGUGACAGAUGAUUUUUUCUGUUUUGAGAGUGAGAGGUUUUCUGAGAUCUACUCCCGCCAGCAGCGUGGCUGUUUCGCAGUGCCUUUGAUCCGCUCCUGUGUGCUGGUGGACCUCUGUGACCCCCGCACGGCUGGACUCACGUUCAGCUCAGAUAGGUGCGGGACACGGCCAGAACGGGAGACGCUCGACGAUGCCGUCACGCUGGCGCUCUCAGCGCGUGAUGCUGGUUUGCAGAUGACCGUGUGCAAUCAGGAGGACUUCGGCCAGGUGCCGGCGCCGCUGACACCAACACAAGAGCCGAAAGACGAGCGACGCAACAUGGUUAACAUGAAGUUGAAGGCGCUGUUGGACUGGGGGCCGCUUCCAAUAGUGCCCCUAAUGCGUCUUUUCCUGCCAAACCUGCCCUCCAAAAGUCGACUGGGUUUCGAUCGGAUCUACGUCAUCGGCCUGCAGCGACGUCCGGAGCGCUGGAGCCGGCACAACGCCUGCUUUGACGAGAUCGGCAUCGAGGCGGCUCAUGUACACGCGGUGGACGGCCGCAAACUGACCGACGACAUGCUGGAAAAGUACAACAUCUCUUCGCCACGUAACAAUGAACGGCGUGUUCGUCUCAACAAAGGCGAGAUCGGCUGCUUUCUGAGCCACUACGGCGUGUGGCAGGAUGUUUUUGACAGCGGUUUGGAGCGUGUUCUGGUUCUGGAGAAUGACGCCCACCCGACGGCCGAGUUUCCCGAGCGCCUACAGCAGCUGGUGGCAGAGGCUGACCGACUCCGACCUCAGUGGGACUUCAUCUAUCUCUUCCGAGAGUUGCCUAGAAACGACGAGCCAGUGGAAGGCGCCGAACAGCUCAUCAAACCGGGCUUCUGCUACUCGGCAAUGGCCUAUGUUCUGAGCAGGAAAGGAGCGGAGACACUGCUUCGAGACCGACCCCUGGAGAAUAUGCUCUGUGUGGACGACUACAUCCCUCUGAUGGCGGGCAAUGUGCCUCACUCUAGGUGGAUUGGCAGGUUUCCCAGUGCCGGUACGCUGAGGACAUUCGCAUCCAGGGACCACCUCAUUCACCCAGCGAAAGUUCGCGGAGAGCGAGGAUACAACAGUGACACGACGGAAGUGGACGGCGUGGUGGGCGCCCGGAGCUGUGCCGCCGAGGGGAAUAUGGAUUCAGACUGUUAUCGUCCGAAUCUGUAGUUAUUUUUGAACAGCAUACUGAUAACCAUAGCUGUAGUGAAAUAUAUGUGAUAGCUGUGUAUUUACGCUUUAUGUAUCAAGAAGACAAACAAUGCAUGCUUAUAAAUUAUCCAUUCAUGUAGUUUGUUCUUGGAGGCAGAGGUGGUCCGUGGAAAGACAGCAUUAUUAAAGAAGCAAUCGUGCAAUCCUCAUUUCAGACACGCGCCUUGUUGAUGACAUAUCACUAGCUAUUGC